GGGGGGGGGGGCGGGGGGGUUAAUUUGGACUGUUUGGGUAAAGCGAUAACUGUUGAACUCUCUGAUUUCAUUUGAACGAAAGAUAAACAGAGACAAAAAAAAAAAAAUCCCAAAAGCCAUGGAAAAAGAGAAGCUGGACUUCAUACUGGUUCCGACGGGUCUACUCGUGCUUGCUCUCUAUCAUGUUUGGCUUCUUUUUACCAUUCUCAAGCAUCCCACUAGAACCGUGAUCGGCUUAAAUGCUGAAUCUCGCCACCAAUGGGUUCUCUCCAUGAUGUCUGAUCCCUUGAAAAAUGGUGUUUUAGCAGUACAAACAAUACGCAACAACAUAAUGGCAUCUACACUUUUGGCAACCGUGGCAAUCACUCUUAGUUCGUUGAUUAGUGUUUUCGUAACCAGCAGCUCGGACUCUAGCAACACAACUUCAGAAAUAUUUUAUGGCAAUAAGAGUCGUCUACUCUCUUCAAUCAAGUAUUUUUCCAUCUUGCUGUGUUUCCUUGUUGCCUUCAUUUGCAAUGUGCAGUCUAUUAGAUAUUAUGCCCAUGUGAGCUUCUUGAUCACUCUCCCUUCAUCAGUAGACAAUGUGGAGUCUGUUGAAUAUGUUGCAAGAAACUUAAACAGAGGAAGUUAUUCCUGGUCGCUCGGGCUACGAGCCUUUUACUUAUCCUUCCCCCUAUUGCUUUGGAUUUUUGGUCCCAUACCCUUCUUUUUGUGCUGCUGCUUCAUGUCAUGUGUUCUUUAUUUCUUGGACACGACAACUAGUUUCACACGCCAACUUCAUCGCCGCUCAUUCAAAGAGGAAACGCUGAAAACUGGUUAUCUGGAAUAAUUGGUCAAUUAUCGCUAGUGAUUUUGGAGCUUUUAAUUUUUUUUUUCUAGAAACUUUUUUUUGUGCAUGUGAUUAUGACCUUGGUGGGUUCUUAUUCUUACCACCAUUUGUACUUACAGUUGUUAGUUUAUGGAUAUGGGAGCUUCAUGUUGUUUUGAAGAGAACUAGUUUAAUGUGUAUUCACAUGUUUAUAAAUAA